AAGAUUAAAAUUAUUAAACAAAGAUGUCAGUAGAUGGAGCUCCAGCUGCUAAUACUGUGUCUUUCAUAGAAAGGAGGAGCGAGGGAGAGAAAGAGAAAGAGAGAGAGAGAGAGACAGAGAGAUAGAGCUAGAGCUCAUCAUUAAAAGAAAGCACCAGCUCCUCACAGACCGAGCAGCAUGAUCCAGAUCUGUGAAGAUAUACUCCUCAAACUUCACCUGCUGCUGCUGCUCACUUCAGUCUGUGAGACGAGUGAGAUCUUGACUUUCACUGCUCAUGAAAGAGGGACGGCUGAGAUACGGUGCCCAUAUGAGUCUGGACAUGAAGAACUUCAGAAGUAUCUCUGCAGAGGAGAAUGUCUAAGAGUGAAUAAAGACAAAGCUGUUGAGUCUGAAUCAGAAGCUAAAGGCAAAAGAUUCUCUCUGAUUGACAAUAAAACAGACCGGAUCUUCACCGUCAACAUCACUGAUCUGAGAACAGAGGAUCAAGGCAAAUACUGGUGUGGAGUAACAACGGGAUUUGGAAAAUCUGAUUAUUACAGAGAGAUUCACCUGGAAAUUAAACUUGAUUUCUCGGCCAUCAUUAUACUGUCAGAGGGUAUUAUCCUUGGGAUAACGUUGGUGUCUGGCUUCCUGUGUUUUAUUUUCUUCACAUGCAGACGGAAGAAAGAAGCGGUGCGGCUGAGAGGCGACGCUCUUGUCUUGGCUGAAAAUCUGUCCACUGAAGAAGCCACUCGUAUCGUCUGUCAUUAUGAAGAGAUCAUUUGCACAGAUAACCCUUCUGGCUGCAGUUUGGCCGUUCCUGCACUUGAUGAACUUGAGACUCUUACCUCUUCCACCAUCAUAUUUCAAAGUAUAAACUACUCAGACAGGACUUCAGAUGGACCAGAAACAAGUUACUCUGCAACUAAUAGACUAUGAAGAUUCAUGGACACCAUGGAGAUUAACAGUUAGACUGCUUUGUUACAGAUCUGAAUCUGAUGGAAAUGUAUUUCUUUCAUACCAAUGAGCCUUUGAGUCUUCAAAAACAAUAACCCAAACCACGUAUAUUGUGAAGAAUUCAAAAAGUGGAGGAAGCAAAUGUUUCCUAAACAUGCUUCUCAAGUUGUCUAUGAAUCUCGUUGUCCAAUAAAGAUAUAUUAUUA